GACCUAACGGGAUGACAUCGUUUCCUGGUCAGGUAUAUAAAGACCUCGAUGGUCCCAUGCCGGACAUCAGAAUCCUCUUUGGCUUCUUACCUCUCUCUUGUGCUCUGAAGCCUUUCUACGAUUUACGAGGAACAUUCCCGCCAUGGAAAGCAAGGUUUUCUUGUUAAGUAUUCUCCUGCUGGCAUCGACUCUUGGUAAGAGCUACCAGAAAGGAUAUGGUGGCGCUCAAGGAGGUGGAGCACAAGGAGGUUAUGGAGGCGCAGGUGGCCUAGGAGGAGGUGCAGGAGGUUACGGAGCCGGUGGAGGCCGUGGAGGAGCUGGAGGGGCUGGAGCUGGAGGAUAUGGAGGAUCUGGAGGUGCUGGAGCUGGAGCUGGAGGAUACGGAGGAUCAGCUGGUUCAGGCGGUGCUGGAGCUGGCUCUGGUGGUUAUGGAGGUUCUGCAGGAUCGGGUGGAGCAGGCGCCGGUGGAUAUGGCGCUGGAGGUGCAGGAGCAGGAGGUUUCAGAGGCAGCGCAGGAGGAGCUGGCGCUGGCGGUUAUGGAGGAGGAGCUGGUGGAUACGGUGGUGCUGGAAGUCGAGGCGUCGGAGGAGCAGCUGGUGGAGCCGGUGCUGGCGGAUAUGGAGCAGGAGCUGGUGGAUAUGGAGCAGGAGCUGGAGGUGCCGGAACAGGCGGCUAUGGAGGCGCAGCUGGAGGAGCCGAUGGAUAUGGAGGAAACGAACAGUAUCCACCUCAGCCUUAUCAGUUCGACUACAACAUUCAAGACGAACAAGGAAACACUAAUUACCGCCAAGAACAGGGAGACGAAAACGGUAAUGUCCGAGGCACUUACGGUUACACUGACAUCGAUGGAGUAUACCGAGUAGUAGAAUACGAAGCUGAUGCCAAUGGAUUCCGGGCUAAUAUCAGAACUAACGAACCUGGAGUAGGCAAAGACAGCCCUGCCGAUGUCGUCAUAACUGCUGAAGAACCACCUGCAGCAGUAGUUGCCAGAUAUCAGAAUGCUGGUCAAAAGGGAUAUGCUGGAGGACAAGGUGCAGGUGCCGGAGGUUAUGGUGCUGGACAAGGUGGAGCUGGAGCAGGUGCUGGAGGGUAUGGAGCAGGAGGAGCUGGAGGUGCCGGUGGUUAUGGUGCCGGAGGAGCUGGUGGUGCUGGAGGAGCAGGAGCGCGCGGCCAAGGAGGAGCCGGUGGAUAUGGAGCAGGCGGACGAGGACAAGGAGGAUUAGGAGGAGCAGCUGGUGGCGCUGGAGGACGUGGUCAGGGAUACGGAGCAGGAGGUGCUGGUGGCUACGGAGGUGCAGGCGGUGCCGCUGGCGGACAAAGAGGCGCUGGAGGAUAUGGAGGUGCAGCUGGCGGACAAGGAGCUUCUGGUGGAUAUGGAGGAGCAGCUGGUGGACAAGGAGCCGCUGGUGGAUAUGGUGGGGCAGGCGGACGAGGUGCUGGAGCAGGUGGUUUCGGCGCAGGAGGACAAGCUGGAGGCGCUGGUUAUGGUGCUGGUGCAGGCAAAUCAGGUGGCGCAGCUGGCGGUUAUGGAGGCGCUGCAGGUGCUGGAGGUAGUGGCUACGGAGCAACUGGCGGUGCAGGUGCAGGAGGUUUAGGUGGAGCUGGAGGAUAUGGAGCUGGAGCAGGUGCUGGAGGCUUAGGGGGAGCCGGAGGAUAUGGAGCUGGGGCAGGUGGUCGUGGUGGAGCAGGUGCUGGAGGAUACGGAUCUGGAGCAGGUGCUGGAGGAUACGGAUCUGGAGCAGGUGCUGGAGGUUUAGGUGGAGCCGGAGCUGGUGGUUAUGGUGGUCAACAGGGAGGAAGAGGAGGAGCUGCUGGAGGUUUAGGUGGAGCCGGAGGAGCAGGAGCUGGUGGUUAUGGUGGCCAACAGGGAGGAAGAGGAGGAGCUGCCGGAGGUUAUGGUGGAUCUCAAGGUGGUGGAGCUGCAGGAUUCGGAGGAGCAGCAGGCUCAGGUGGAAGUUACGGAAAUCAAAAAGGAACCAAAUACUAAAGGCUCUUAUUCAAUCUAAGGAACUGUAAUUUUAAAGAAAGAUUCUAGCUUUAUGAGAAUCGCUGUCGGGACAUCGUGUCAGUCCUGAACGGUGGCUCGCCGAUAUCAUCCCAUCUGAGAUCAUUAGGCGAAAUAUGUCUUCAUUUCUACAUGUUUUAACGCGGGUGCUCAUCUGAAUGAACUGUAUAUUUUGAAGCUUGUCUAAUUUAAUAAUGAUUGCGGCGCAAACGGAAUACUUCUUCCAUGGGGCAAAUGUGUGUUCAGAACGAUGAAAAUCGUUCUUUUUUGUCCAUCUUGUCAAUUCGCCAAUUUCUACAAUACGGGCAUCUUGCCCGCUAGCUGCAAGGUGGACUAUCGGGUUCUUUGUUACAAUCUGUCCUGAUAUUAUUUUAUUUGUUUGAAUAAAGUUGUUGUUAUUUAUAAAUGA